UGGCCCCUUUCGUCCACAUUUUCUUGGAGUGGAAUUGCUAGGUCAUAUAAGUUUAUGAUUAACUUUUAAAGAAACUGACAAACUUUUCCAAAGUAACUGUACUAUUUUAAAUUCCCAUCUUUAAUGUAUGAGGAUUCCAGUUUCUCCACAUCUUCGCCAACAUUUGGUAUUAUCUGUAUUUUUUAUUAUAACUAUUCUUUGUGUGUAUGUGCAUAAUGGUAUCUCAUGGUUUUAAUUUGUAUUUCCCUAAUGGUUAAUGAUGUUGAGCAUCUUUUUGUGUGCUUCUUAGCUAUUCGUGUAUCUUUUCUGGUAAGAUAUGUUUUUUUUUUUUUUUUUCUGCCUGCUUUAAAAUGCUUCAAGUAAGUCUUUUUAUUAUUGAGCUUUGAGAGUUACAUGUUGUGGAUACAAGUCCAUUAUGAAAUAUAUGGUUUGCAAACUAUUUUUUACCACGUUGUGGUUGUAUUUUCUUUCUUUUUAAAAACGUAUUUUGAUUGAUUUCGGAGAGGGAGAGAGAGAGAAACAUCAAUGAUGUGAGAGAAUCAUUGAUCAGCUGCCUCCUGCACACCCCACACUGGGGAUGGAGCCCACAACCCAGGCAUGUGUCCUUGACCAGAAUGGGAUCAUGACCUUCUGGUUUAUAGAUAGAAGCUCAACCACUGAGCCACGUGGGCCGGGCUGUGGUUGAAUUUUCUUGACGGUGUCUUUGUAGCAUAAGCGUUUUUCAUUUUAAUGAAGUCCAACCUACCCGUUUUGAGUUGAUUUUAUGUGAGCUAAUGGUCGCAGUUGUUUUUUGUUUGUUGCACCCUGAUAUCCAAGUCUCCUGGCUCCAUUUGCUGAAAGGAUUGGGCAGGUACUAUACCUGUGAGCAGCAGUGCAGGCUGCACAAACAGGGCCAGGGCGCGCUGCCAGCAGGCAGACUGCAGGCGGUCGAGCCGACUGUGGUGAGAGUGUUGAUGCUCCGUGGUGAACAGAAAAAGGAUGGCCCGAUUUCCCAGGGCCUUGAUCUCCUGUCGGUUCCUUUUGGAGACACUUGCUUCCGGGCCGAACUUUUCUAGCUUCUCUCGGCGGUACUACAAUUCCCAGAAUGCAUCGCACGGCCUGCCCUCCGCGGAGGGCGGGGGAACCAUAGACCUGGAAGUGUGGCUGCGAGGGAGGCGGCUCUGUUUUCAAUAUCGAUUUCUUAAGGCCUGGGCGCGGGAGUCCAGCUGGUGGAACGGCGAGCGGUAGAACUCCGCUCUGAGACACGCCUCUGGCUCCCGGCCCGCCUCUGCCUUCCUCACUGGCGUGUCCGGAUCGUUUGUUUUUCGAGUUUCCCGCGGGGGAGUGUGCCUCGGAGACAACCAACAGCAGCUGAGAGUCUUGCGGGCCCGGCCAACUGGAGGCGAGGGUGAGAGCCGGCGGGGCCGCGAGGAGCGUGCACGGCCCGCCCCCUCGGGUGGGGGCUUCGGUGGGGACAGGCUUACCCUUUCGCAGCCCUUUCCAGGUCUCCGGGCUCAGCCAUGUCCCAUCAGACCCCUCUGGGCUCCUCAGUGCCACAAGCCAGCUGCCUGGACCUGUGGAGGGAAAAGAAUGACCAGCUAGUUCGACAGGCCAAGGUGGCUCAGGACUUGGGUCUGUCUCCGAGGCGACAGCAGUUGGCUCAAGAUGCGCUGGAAGGGCUCAGAGGACUCCUCCAUAGUCUGCAGGGACUCCCUGCAGCUGUUCUUGUUCUCCCCUUGGAAUUGACGGUCAUCUGCAACUUCAUUACCCUGAGGGCAAGCCUGGCCCAGGGUUUCACUGAGGACCAGGCACAGGAUAUCCAAAGGGGCCUAGAGAGAGUGCUGGAGACCCAGAAACAGGUGGGGCCCAGGCUAGAAUGUGGGCUCAGGGGCCUGUGGAACUCCAUCCUCCAUGCUUCCUCCCUUCUGCCGGAGCUGCUCCCUGCCCUUCACCACCUGGCUGGCCUGCAGGCUGCCCUUUGGCUGAGCACUGACCAUCUUGGGGACCUGACCUUGCUGCUGCAGACCCUGAAUGGCAGCCAGAAUGGGUCCUCUGAGGAUCUGCUGCUCCAUCUAAAAACUUGGAGCCCCCCAGCUAAGGAAUCAGAUGACCCAUUGACCCUGCAGGAUGCCCAAGGCUUGAGGGAUGUCCUUCUGACAGCAUUUGCCUAUCGCCAAGGCCUCCAGGAGCUGAUCGUAGGAAACCUGCCCAGGGCACUGAGCAGCCUGCAUGAAGCUGCCUCAGGUCUAUGCCCACGGCCUGUGUUGGUCCAGGUGUACACAGCGUUGGGGACCUGUCUCCGAAAGAUGGGCAAUCCACAGAGAGCUCUGCUCUACUUGAUUGCAGCCCUGAAGGGGGGAUUAAUCUGUGGGCCCCCGCUUCUGGAGGCCUCUAGGCUGUAUCAGCAACUGGGGAACACAGCAGCAGAGCUGGAGAGUCUGGAGCUUCUGGUUGAGGCCUUGAGUGUCACUCCUAGCUCUGAAGUCCCCCAUUUUCUUAUUGAGGUAGAGCUGCUACUCCCACAACCUGACCCAGCCUCACCCCUUCACUGUGGCACACUGAGCCAGGUCAAACACCUGCUAGCAAGCCGAUGUCUACAGACGGGAAGGACAGAGGAUGCAGUAGAGCAUUAUUUGGACCUACUGGCCCUGUUGUUGGAUGGCUGGGAGCCAAAGUUUUCUCCACCCCCCAGCCCCCGAGGGCCGUGUAUGCCUGAGAUAUUCUUGGAGGCAGCAGCAGCACUGAUCCAGGCAGGCCAAGCUCAGGAUGCUUUAACCAUAUGUGAGGAGCUGCUGAGCCGUACAUCAUCUCUGCUUCCAAAAAUGCCCUGGCUGUGGAAAGAUGCCAGAAAAGGAACCAAGGAGUCACCACACUGCCCACCCUGGGUCUCUGCCACCUACCUGCUUCAGGGACAAGCCUGGGUGCAACUAGGGGACCCAAAACAAGCAAUUAGUGAAUUUAGCCGGUGCCUUGAGCUGCUCUUCCGGUACAUACCUAAGGAUAAAGAACAAGGGCCUGCUUCCAACUGUGAACAGGGGUGUAUGUCAGAUGUGGCACUACAACAGCUUCGGGCAGCUGCCCUGAUUAGUCGUGGACUAGAAUGGGUGGCCAGUGGCCAGGAUACCAAAGCACUACAGGACUUCCUCCUCAGUGUGCAGGUGUGCCCAGGUAAUGGAGACGCUUCAUUUCACCUGCUUCAGACUCUAAGGAGGCUGGAUCGGAGGGAUGAGGCCACUGCUCUUUGGCGGAGGCUGGAGGCCCAAACUAAGUUGCCACAGGAGAAUGCUACAUGGUCUCUCCCCCUGUACCUUGAAACCUGUUUGAGCUGGAUUCGUCCUCCUGACCGUGAAACCCUUCUUGAAGAUUUUCGGACAUCUCUGCUGGAGCCUUGUGACUAGUAGCUGCCAAGAUUAAAAGAAUCUGAGCUGGGGCCCC